UGGCGCACUUGCGAAAGGUGGAUAGGUUUCUAUAAUAAAGUUUGUUUUGUGCGGUGAAGUGUAAAGGUGGUUAUCUUGAUGCCGUACCGCAGGCGUUGCUCCGUCAAAAUGCCGGAUUUCGAUGACGAUGUGACCGUCGUUGAUGUGUACGAUUUGGCUUCGGACAUUGGAAAGGAAUGUGAAAUAAUUAUCGAGAAGUACGGCCCUGAGGCUGUGACUGCACUUCUACCGAAGGUGAUAAAUGCUCUAGAACUUCUGGAGAACUUGGCAGUACGCAACGAAAAAGAGAACCAGGCGUUACACGAAUUGACAGCGAAAAUAUCCCAGUUAGAAAACGACAAGAUCGAAAAGGCAGAAUACAGACAACGAUUCGAAAAGGAAAUAGAGGCAAUCGAGGAGCAAUGGAGGACGGAAUCGGCCGAGCUGGUCACGGCCGUCGCGCGGCUACAGGACGAGAACAAGCGGCUGCGGCGCACGGUCAACUCGCCCGCGGACGGUGAGUUCGGAAAAUGUACAAGCGCACCGCCAUCACCAGCCAGAGAGCACGACCAAGAAGUGCUAUCCCGGCUUAGUAGCACGGCGGAGAAACAGCGCGCCACGCUCCGCCACCAAGAGCUGCAACUGCAAGAGAAACAGCAGCUUAUUGAUAGUUUGACGAAUCAAGUAGAAAAGUUGGCGCAGGUCAGCCGAGAUCUCCGUAGGAAGCAUAAGCAGCUACAAAAUCAGAUGCGCUUAGUAUGUGAAGAACGUACGGAGCUAUCGGCCAUCGUCCAAUCGCAACAGAGAGAUAUCGCCGCGUUACAGCAAGCGGACGCACAGAACAAGAAGUGCGCGUCAUGCGGCGUCGCAUUCGAGGGCACGGACGACGAGGACCAAUCGUCGAAGCCGACGUUCAGCGUGCGGGAGUUGCGCGCUAUACUACACGAGCGGAAUGAGCUCAAGCUGAAGCUGAACCGUGCUGAAGAGCAGCUGCAAGCGCUUCAAGCGGAGCCGCAACCCGACAGCGGUUCCGACACAUCGCCAUCCCUCGGCAGCGUGGUCGCAGACGACGAAGCGCCGGUACAAGGUCCUCUCCCCGCGGAGCCAGACGACGCGCCGUGGAAACGCAAUAGUGGGAUAAGGAAGUUGUUCUGGCUGGCGACUUGGCGCGCGGAAGGCAGACGGUCGCCGCCACCAAGGAUCUCUUUCGGCCCAUGGUAUUAAUGCCAAUAAGAUGGCAUAAAUUGCUGAACAACUGUAUAUUCAUGAAUCCGUCAUGGAAUGAGAGCUAAUAUCUUCGUUUAUUUAGCAUUUUUCAUCCAACGCAUAGUAACUAUUCGCUUGGGUGACAAAUUCAAUCAAUAAUGGACUUAACUCUAUUUCAAUACAUUUGAUAGUGUGCCAUCUUCGAAGUUUCUGGAAUAAUUUAAUAAAAUAUCAAUACAUGCUCAUCACACUAUAAAAUGUUUUAACAUAUCAACGUUCUCAAGUGCACGAGCUUGCACUCAUGUAAACCAAAUCUUGAAUUCUUUCUUCAUAUUAUAUUGUGUACUAUAUUCUAUUCAAAGUUUGCAUUGCCACAUAGUCGUGAAAUGUCAACUUAUUACAACCAAUAUUUAUAAGCAGUGUAUCGCUAGGCGCUUCAAUUUCGUAUCAUACACACGCAGUCGAAUUAAUGAUAAUAUGGAAUAAUUUUAUAUAAUUAAUUUUUAAUUUAUUAUGGCCUAAUAAAUGUGAAUUCUUCAAAUUUGUUUUUAUCAUUUGACCAUCAUAAAUUUGUAGCCAUUUACUAAGUAUUAAGUUACCAAAUAUAAAAUCCGAAUGAUCAUUUCGAUAUUAUUUAUUUAUACUAUUCUCUCUUCGUAACGACAAAGACAAUUAGAUUAUAGACUAGAAAGUUAUAGAACAGUUCUUCCAUUCAUAUAGGAGGGUAGUUGUAAAGUGUCACAAAACAUUACAAUAGAACUCGACUAGACCAUGUGCCUCAUACAGUCUGUUAUCACAUUUUAUCUUAUAGUAUUUUGUAGGAAGUUAAAGAUAGUGUAAGAAUUGUGCGGACCAUAAUGCCCGCUAGGAUAAGUAAAUGUAAUCAUUCCUAUGGCUUGUUUUAUAAAUCUGUUUGUCGUCUGUUUUGCUGUGAACGCGGUAUAAACGCUGGCGGUUAUAACGUGACGUUGAGAACAUCGUGAUUAGGUACGUUGUUUUUUAGAUAGGUAUGUACACCUUUUGAAUUUUUUUUUAUGUUUGACUUUUUGUUAAUAAUCCUAUCAAUGUGAAUAAAUAAGGGUAGAAUGUGGGCUGAAUAUUUUGAUUUGACAUUGCAAUGAGUCCUAUAAAGGCGACGAAGUAAAGGCACGUCUUAUGACAUCUCUUUUUGCGAUUCUAUUUUGACAAUUUAGAGGCUGUGCGACAAGGAUAGAUAUUGCAAAAUAUUAAUUGCAUCUUAUUUCCUUGGAUGCUAUUUAUAUAUUUAUUAUUAUUCUUAUAAAGGUGUGCCCUUUAGUGUCAAAUAUAUUUUAUCGACGACAGACAGAAGUUUAAAAUGAGCAAUAAUCGUUAUUAAUAUAUUUUAUAAUGGCAUAAUUCCUUCGAUGUCAAUAAUGCUAGUCACAGUACUACUGGGUACUAGAGUUAAGAAAUGUUUUGGCAUUAUGGCGGUGUGUUAGUGUGUUUGUAUGUCAAUUACACGGAGAUAGGGAACUUUGGGUCUUAGUUUUCUCACAUAAACUUAUCGCUAUUGACGACAUACUUAGCAUAAGAUUAUAAUAUAUCAAUGCGUAAAGGACUAAUUUUGAAGAAGUCAGUCUUUUACGUAUAGCUUACAUUUUAUCACGUAUUUUAGUUUCUCACCUAUUUCCUAGUGGUGCUGACAAAUGUUAUCCAAACAUUAUGUCGUUUUGAUUUAUGUAAGAAAACUCAAAGAUCCGACUGAAGCAAACAGAAACAAACUAACAUGUCGCCAUUUUAGUUUAUCAAAUCACAAUAUUAUUGGGUAUUUGGGAACAUCAACACUAAAAUCUAUAAUUUCAUUAUUAUUUUCAAUGUUAUGAAACUUCUAGAAUAAAACUGAGACAAUUUAUGGUAUCUAUUGUGAUUAAUGUUGACGGUGUCAAAAUUAAAAUAUGUUUAUAUUA